UCUGCGCGUGCGCGGCGGGUGCGUCCUGGGCUGCCAGCGUCCUUCUCACGAGCGGCGACCGCUUCUUACCUAUCUCUGUAUCUCCAGUGGUUAGUUCUCACAGACAGCAAGUGAUCAGUAAAGUGUUUUGUCCUUUCUUUCCCUGGGGAGGGGAGCCGACAGCGCGCGCUUUAUCGGCGGCGGGAUUCCGCCGGAGCGCGACUCCCGUCCCCUCAGGCCGCUGCCGGUCAGCAGGCCCCGCUGGCGCAGCAGGCCAGGGCGGAAGAGCCACUGUGCGCGCGUCCGCGUCUCACAGCGUCCGCUCUAGCACGGACGUGAGAGGCGGAAACGCCGAGAGCGCAGCGGCUCGCCCGCGAGGAGGGCCUCCCGGGAAGCGGCACCGCGUCCGUGCAGGCUGGCGCUGACGAGGCUGAAACCCUGGUGUUCGAGGAGGCGUCAGGUCCUCGAGCGUAGACGACCUCUGGGGGAUCAGGGGCUUCCGUCAGCCAAGCAGGAAGCCGGACUAGCCAGAGCCCAUGGCGCCUGCUUCCUCCCCCGACCUUGGGGACGCUGGGAAAUGUGUGGGGGGAUUGGUUGUUAAAACGCUUGUCAGAGGGCCUGGCAAUGUCGAGGCCAGAGAUGGAGGUCAACCUGCAAUACUCUCAACAUCUCAUCCAAUGAAGAGUGGACUCACCCCACAUGGCAAGAGUGCCCUCUAUAAAACCUGGGACUGAUCGUACCGGAGCCCAAUAAGUCAAUCCAUAAAUAGGAUUUUAAUUUUUGAAGACCCAGAUGCUGAUUAAAGAAAAUAAACUUUCAUUUUCCAGGGUCCACUUCAUGCUAGCCCACAAUCCAUAUACUCCUCUACACUGGGUUAGACUCCUCUACCUCCAUACUUGGAAAUGGACCGGAGGGGGAAUAUCUUCAACCUGUUUUUCCCCCCAGGGGACUUGCUGACUUGAACACAGGCCCUGCCAAGAUUGAGACUCUACUCAAGCCAUGGUAGCCCAAGGGACACUGGCCUUGUAGUCACACCACAGGUGGCUACUCUCUCUGCUGCAGCCGUAUGUCCACUUCCCAUUUCCUAAAACGCCAGCAUCUAGGCAGAGCAGCUCUGGACACCCCAGCCUGGUGAUGACCCACUGGGCCCUUCCGCAUUGCUCUGCCUGAGCUCCGCCUCCCGGGCUGCUCCUGUGCACACCAAGCUCUUGACCUCCGGCUUUGCCACUCAUAUUUUGCCCUGGCUCAGAUUUCUUAAAUAUUCUACUGCUCUACACUUUGACCUUGAGGGUCUUCACCCAAAAGAGAAUUAUCUCUUCCAAAACAGCAAUCACGUCCCCACUGAAUUUGCACUUGGCCCUUAGCUGGAUCCACUUCCUAUGUGACAGGCACUCCCUCCUGGCUCCCAGCCUCCCCCACGAGUUCAUAGAUCCCAGGAGCAGGCCCUGGCCCACAGAGGUGCCUGACCAGGGAGAGGGACUCUGGUGCCCCCGUGCCUUCUGCUCAGGGCCCCGUGUUCUCUGCACUAUCUUGGUGACGGGGAAGCAGCAGGACUUUGGCUCACUGCCCAACUAACCCACAGGAGAGUCCUUCAUCGAAUGCCUGGGAAGAUGAUCUUUUAUCACUCCAGCAACUGAUGCCCUCUUAAUUGCAGAUCCAAGGGAGAUGAUGAUAUCGAGCAAAUUAAACUUGAACUUGUCCUGAGAACACAGGGAUUCCUGGGCCAGCCAUAAAGUUGUGCCCUCAGGCAGGUCCUUUGAGGAGAAAUUGGCUAUCUUUGAGGAGGGCCUGAGAGCUGCCAUCAGAAAAAAUAUACUCAGCUUCUGGUCCUGACGGUCACACCUUUGCCAGCCAAGCACUAGGCAAGCAAUUACCUGCCCCAUGAGAGCCGUUGCAAGGAGAGAAGAAAUAUUCCCCUCUGCCCACAGCCGGGCAAGGCGGGCCUGUAUAUCAGGUGAAGAGAGGACCGGGGCUCACCUUAGAUCCGAAGCUUUCUCUUUCCCUUUCUGGCCUCAUUUUUGGCUUCUUUCACUGCAGAGAGCACAUGUCUUAAGACAGGAAAUUACCCUGGUGAUUGAUGGCUAGCAAAUGCAAUUAGGCCCGAGAAGUGCUCUCCCAGGGGUGCCCCUCCAGUGCGGUGUUCCAGGUUUGGUGGUCACUUAGUGACCGUGCACGGAGGCCUCCUAGCAAGGAAGCAUUUGUCUCUGUCAGGCUCUGGCCACCAGAACUUUCUGCUUCCUCAGAUGCAGAGAGGUUGUGGGCAAAGAGCUGGGGACAGAAGUUGGGCAGGAAGAAGCAGAGUGGGGCUGGGAGGCUUCCUGGCCAGGAAGGAGGCCUUCCCCGGCGAGAAUGGCCAGCAUGACUUAUGACUCUCAAGGUGGCCGUGUCGUUCCAGCUGCAUAAAGGCCGGAUCUCUUUGGGAGUUAGGAUUGAAGAGCGUGCGGUAAGGAGAGAACAUCACAGACACCGUCCCGAGAGAUUCCUGCAACCCAUGCUGUGUGCUGCAGGCCGGUCUUAAACCCAGAGCUCUGGCUGAGAGGAUGGGGGCAGAUGGGGAAACGGUGGUCCUGAAGAACAUGCUCAUUGGUGUCAACCUGAUCCUUCUGGGCUCCAUGCUCAAGCCCUCGGAGUGCCAGCUGGAAGUCACCACAGAAAGGGUCCAGAGACAAGCAGUGGAGGAGGAAGGAGGUGUUGCCAACUACAACGCCACCAGCAAAGAGCAGCCCAUGGUCUUCAACCACGUGUACAACAUUAACGUGCCCCUGGACAGCCUCUGCUCCUCGGGGCUGGAGGCCUCUGCCGAGCAGGAGGUGAGUGCCGAAGACGAGGCUCUGGCAGAGUACACGGGCCAGACCUCAGACCACGAGAGCCAGGUCACCUUCACCCACAGGAUCAACCUCCCCAAAAAGGCCUGCCCGUGCGCCGGCUCGGCCCAGAUGCUGCAGGAGCUGCUGAGCCGGGUGGAGAUGCUGGAGAGGGAGGUGUCGGCGCUGCGUGACCAGCGCAACACCAACUGCUGCCAGGACGGCGCCGCCACAGGGCAACUGGACUACAUCCCUCACUGCAGCGGCCACGGCAACUUCAGCCUGGAGUCCUGUGGCUGCAUCUGCAACGAAGGCUGGUUUGGCAAGAACUGCUCAGAGCCCUACUGCCCGCUGGGUUGCUCCAGCCGGGGGGUGUGUGUGGACGGCCAGUGCAUCUGCGACAGCGAGUACAGCGGCGACGACUGCUCCGAACUCCGGUGCCCAACAGACUGCAGCUCCCGGGGGCUCUGCGUGGACGGGGAGUGCGUCUGCGAGGAGCCCUACACCGGCGAGGACUGCGGGGAGCUGAGGUGCCCCGGGGACUGCUCGGGGAAGGGCACAUGCGCCAAUGGGACCUGUGUGUGCCAGGAGGGCUACGCCGGCGAGGACUGCGGCCAGCAGCGGUGUCUGAACGCCUGCAGUGGGCGAGGACACUGCCAGGAGGGGCUCUGCGUCUGCGAGGAGGGCUACCGGGGCCCCGACUGCUCGGCAGUUGCCCCUCCAGAGGACUUGCGAGUGGCUGGUAUCAGCGACAGGUCCAUUGAGCUGGAAUGGGACGGGCCGAUGGCAGUGACGGAAUAUGUGAUCUCUUACCAGCCGAUGGCCCUGGGGGGCCUCCAGCUCCAGCAGCGGGUGCCUGGAGAUUGGAGUGGUGUCACCAUCACGGAGCUGGAGCCAGGUCUCACCUACAACAUCAGCGUCUACGCUGUCAUUAGCAACAUCCUCAGCCUUCCCAUCACUGCCAAGGUGGCCACCCAUCUCCCCACUCCUCAAGGGCUACAAUUCAAGACGAUCACAGAGACCACCGUGGAGGUGCAGUGGGAGCCCUUCUCAUUUCCCUUCGAUGGGUGGGAGAUCAGCUUCAUUCCAAAGAACAAUGAAGGAGGAGUGAUUGCACAGGUCCCCAGUGACGUUACGUCCUUUAACCAGACGGGACUGAAGCCCGGGGAGGAGUACAUUGUCAAUGUGGUGGCUCUGAAAGAACAGGCCCGGAGCCCCCCAACCUCGGCCAGCGUCUCCACCGUCAUCGACGGGCCCACGCAGAUCCUGGUUCGAGACGUCUCCGACACCGUGGCUUUUGUGGAAUGGACGCCACCUCGAGCCAAAGUCGACUUCAUUCUGCUGAAAUACGGCUUGGUGGGCGGGGAAGGCGGGAAGACCACCUUCCGGCUGCAGCCCCCCCUGAGCCAGUACUCGGUGCAGGCCCUGCGGCCCGGCUCCCGCUACAAGGUGUCCGUCAGCGCCGUCCGGGGGACCAACGAGAGCGGUGCCACCACCACCCAAUUCACAACAGAGAUUGAUGCCCCCAAGAACUUGAGAGUUGGUUCCCGCACGGCCACCAGCCUUGACCUUGAGUGGGACAACAGCGAGGCCGAGGUUCAGGAGUACAAAGUUGUGUACAGCACCCUGGCGGGAGAGCAAUACCACGAGGUGCUGGUCCCCAAGGGCUUUGGCCCAACCACCAGGGCCACCCUCACAGAUCUGGUGCCCGGCACCGAGUAUGGCGUUGGAAUCUCUGCUGUCAUGGACUCACAGCAAAGCGUGCCCGCCACCAUGAAUGCCAGGACUGAGCUUGACAGUCCCCGAGACCUCAUGGUGACAGCCUCCUCGGAGACCUCCAUCUCCCUCAUCUGGACCAAGGCCAGCGGCCCCAUCGACCACUACCGAAUCACCUUUACGCCGUCCUCGGGGAUCGCCUCGGAGGUCACUGUGCCCAGGGACAGGACGUCGCACACACUGACGGACCUGGAGCCCGGGGCGGAGUACAUCAUCUCGGUCACUGCGGAGAGGGGCCGGCAGCAGAGCCUGGAGUCCACUGUGGACGCCUUCACAGGCUUCCGUCCCAUCUCCCACUUGCACUUCUCCCACGUGAGCUCCUCCAGUGUGAACAUCACCUGGAGCGACCCGUCUCCCCCAGCGGACAGGCUCAUUCUGAACUACAGCCCCAGGGAUGAGGAGGAAGAGAUGAAGGAGGUCUCCCUGGAUGCCACCAAGAGGCAUACUGUCCUGAUGGGCCUGCAGCCGGCCACCGAGUACAUUGUGAACCUGGUCGCUGUCCAUGGCACAGUGACCUCUGAGCCCAUCGUGGGCUCCAUCACCACAGGAAUUGAUCCCCCCAAAAACAUCACAAUUAGCAACGUGACCAAGGACUCAGUGACAGUCUCCUGGAGCCCUCCUGUUGCAUCUUUUGAUUACUACCGAGUGUCGUACCGACCCACCCAAGUGGGACGACUAGACAGCUCGGUGGUGCCCAACACUGUGACAGAAUUCGCCAUCACUAGGCUGUACCCCGCGACCGAGUACGAAAUCAGCCUCAACAGCGUGCGGGGCCGGGAGGAGAGCGAGCGCGUCUGCACGCUGGUGCACACAGCCAUGGACAACCCUGUGGAUCUGAUUGCUACCAACAUCACCCCGACAGAAGCCCUGCUGCAGUGGAAGGCGCCGGUGGGUGAGGUGGAGAGCUACGUCAUCGUCCUCACGCACUUCGCAGUUGCUGGAGAGACCAUCCUGGUUGAUGGAGUCAGCGAGGAAUUCCAGCUUAUAGACCUGCUUCCUUCCACCCACUACACUGUCACCAUGUACGCCACCAAUGGGCCUCUCACCAGUGGCACCAUUAGCACCAACUUCUCCACCCUCCUGGACCCCCCUGCAAACCUGACAGCCAGUGAAGUCACCAGACAAAGUGCCCUGAUCUCCUGGCAGCCUCCGCGGGCAGAGAUCGAGAACUACGUCUUGACCUACAAAUCUGCCGAUGGGAGCCGCAAGGAGCUGAUUGUGGAUGCCGAGGACACCUGGAUCCGGCUGGAGGGCCUGUCGGAGAACACAGACUACACGGUGCUCCUGCAGGCCGCCCAGGAUGCCUCGUGGAGCAGCGUCACUGCCACCACCUUCGCCACAGGGGGCCGGGUAUUCUCUCAUCCUCAAGACUGUGCACAGCAUUUGAUGAAUGGAGACACUCUGAGUGGGGUCUACACCAUCUUCCUCAAUGGGGAGCUCAGCCAGAAGCUGCAAGUGUACUGCGAUAUGGCCACCGACGGCGGAGGCUGGAUUGUAUUCCAGCGGCGGCAGAAUGGCCAAACUGAUUUUUUCCGGAAAUGGGCUGAUUACCGUGCUGGCUUCGGGAACCUGGAGGACGAGUUUUGGCUGGGGCUGGACAACAUCCACAGGAUCACGUCCCAGGGCCGCUACGAGCUGCGCGUGGACAUGCGCGACGGCCAGGAGGCUGUCUUCGCCUACUACGACAAGUUCUCAGUCGAGGACGGCAGAAGUCUGUACAGACUCCGCACAGGAGCCUACAACGGCACCGCAGGGGACUCUCUCAGCUACCAUCAGGGACGCCCUUUCUCCACAGAGGACAGAGACAAUGACGUUGCGGUUACCAACUGCGCCAUGUCAUACAAGGGGGCUUGGUGGUACAAGAACUGCCACCGCACCAACCUCAACGGGAAGUACGGGGAGUCCAGGCACAGUCAGGGGAUCAACUGGUACCACUGGAAAGGCCACGAGUUCUCCAUCCCCUUUGUGGAAAUGAAGAUGCGCCCGUACAGCCCCCGGCUGGCGGCGGGGAGGAAGCGCCGGUCCUCGCAGUUCUGAGCCGUGGGCAGCUGAGAGUCAACCAAUCUUUCUGUCAUUUGUUUGUAUUUUAUGAUAUGAAAUAAGGGGGGUAGGGUAACAGUACUGUGCUUUGCAACAUAUUAAGUCUCUGAAGGAAGCGGGGAUGGAGCAGGAAUCCGCUGGCUACCAUCUGCCCUUGGUUUCUGCGGCCCCAGAGCCUGACCCUUAGCCUCCGUCUGCCUCCUGCCCAGUCACCCGUGACCUUCACCUCCUACCCCACCAGGGAGGACAAGUGGGAAGUUUUCUUAAAAGACCAAUUCAACAGCAGGUCCUGGAGUGCAGGCUGUUGUGGUGACAGGCGCACACCUUCUUUUUCUACCCCCGUUCUGAGAUGUCCUUCACCUUCCAGGUUAUUUGUGGUCUGGCUGCCGCCUCUGGUGGCCAGGUUCUCACAUCAGCCCAGAAAAGAAGCCUCAGCACGAGAGCUUUGCCAACAACCUCCCUUAAGAGAAAACAGAUCGACAGCCCCUGCCCGGCAACCUAAGUCCUCUUUAUGGCCCAAAGCUUCUCAUCUUCUGACACCUUUGCUCUUACCAGCCGAGUGUCCUGUUACCGUUCAAGAGCUAGUGGCUCUGUUCCAGCCUCAAUAGACCUUUUGCUUAAUUCUACCCUAUCUUAGACCCAGAGCCCCCAAGCCCAACCACGUUCUGGAAUCUAGUUCCCAAGAUCAGCUGCUCUUGGCCCUGGCUUGCACAGUGGCCACGUCCUGCAGGCCAUAAGCCACAGUCCCCACCCUCAGGGCAGACAGUAACUUUUUGAGGAGGUAGGAGAGGGAGAUGAUUGCUGUUUUUGCACUAUGGGGUUAGGCAUUGAAGAAAGGACAGAAGAAGUCGAAAUCAGGGCACCUGCCACAGAGAUUGCAGACCCUAUAGGAAACACAGAUCUUGCCUAGCUUGGCUUUCUCCAUUUCUGGUCCUAUUCAUCAUGGUUUUUUUCCCUGAACUGCAAACUGAAUGCCUCAUUUCUGUCUUCUGUCAAGCUCUCCUUAGUGUGGGUAGCUUAGCAAGAGUCAGAAGGAAUAGUUACGUGCCCAGCCAGUCCUUCCCCUGACUGGUAAUCCUAGAAAGAAGUGGAAUUUUUGUUUUAGGAGGUAAUUUUUUUUCUUUUUUGGACCUGUGGGAAACAGAAAUGACCCCCUUAAUGAGGUGAGAUCAUGAGAAGCCUUUCUUCAUCUUCCUUUAUUAUUCUGCCUUCGAGAGGAAAAAUGAAACGUGCCAGAGGAAAUUACAUCCAGAAAUCCAAAGGUGAAUGGGGAGGACUGUGGGCCUACCUCCCAUUUUAUGAGAUGUGCUGUCUUCACUAGCAUGAUUUCAUUUUUAAGCCCAAGAGAGCUGGAGGAUCUCGAAGCCAUGACCUUUCAACUUCUCCAAAUCAAAUGUCAGCGACAGCCAUCCCUGCAGCAUCUGCCCAAAUGAGCUGCCUUCUCCCCUUCCUCUCCCACCCCUCAAGGCCCAGUUCUGUUUUCUGUGGGGCCCAUGUUUGUCAGACUGGGGCUUCUUGCACCUUUACCAACCAGUUACUGGAUGAGCCUGAAAGUUAGCAAUUUUGUGAUGGAAACAUCCACACUUUCACUAAGCUUUGAAAACCAGGAAGGGAGGGGCCCUUGCGCCAACCGUCACACCUGUGACAUUGUGGGGACCGAAGUCAGCCUGCCACCUGUGCAGGCAUGGUCCCCUUAGCAGGCUCCAAGGCUCUGUCCACUGCCACGGUGUGGAUGUGACUGGCAUACCCCAGGCUAAAACAUUGAGGUGGCAUUUCAUCUCUCAGUUCACCACGGGCUUCAAAAAACUAGGAGAAUGAAGAAACAGAAACAAAUCCUUUCAAUAAGGCUGUAAAUUAAGUGAAUUUAGCUAGAGAGUGGGACAACAACAAAUAAAUAGUAGGAAGCAUACUGAAUAGGCACUCUCGGGCCACAGCCACUGUGUAGGUCAGCUGCUGCCAUGUUGUUAGCUAUACGACAUCCGACGGGUUAUUUCACCUCUCUAGGCCUCAGUUUCCCCACCUGUUGAAUGAGAGAUUAGACUAGAAUGAUUUAUAACUUCCUUUUCUGUUUUGACAGUCAACAACACUAGUCUAUCUGAAAGCUAAGUAAAAAUUGGCAUUGGUGAGAGACCACAAUUAAGUACGGAAAUUCACCAGGAGCCCUGUUUUUUGAAACAAAGAAAGACAGAGAUUCAGAAGGCGUAAGCAAAAGCCACACACACGAGAAAACAUUUCAGAAAAGAUAAUGCCAAGUGAGAGGCUGAACUCCUUUUGUCUAUCAAAGCAGAGCUCAGGGACCUGGGUGGUGCCAGUGCAGCCCACUUCAUCAGGGGAACUGAAACAGGAAAAGAUUAUCCGUUGUCAAUUCAGGUGAAAGUCAAAAAACAUCAGCAGAAACCAAAACCUGCCUUUUAUUGAAACCAUUUAACCCGAUGGAACAUUUUUAUAAAUAGUAUCAGCAGCAUUGCCUAGAUUCAUUUUAAGGGACUUCAAAGAUCAGCUCACUCAAAACUCCACAAAAGGAUUUGUGGAUUCCUUUUAUUAAGUGGAGUGAUUUUUUUCAUGAGUUUUCACCAUUCUUAAGCGACUCUGUGCCCCCUCUCUUCCCAAGGCCAUGGUCAGCUGGACUCAGGCUUCUUAACUCUGCUCACUGGUCCCUGCUUAUCCUGGUCCUCGGCGCACGUCCACUUCCCCAGAGGGGAAUCCAGUAAGCAGCAUUCACAGAGCACCCACCCAAGCACACCAAAGUUUCCUUCAAGGGACUCGGAAGGAACAGAGGCGAGCCCUGCCAGGAAGGCUGUUCAACGGCAGACACAUCAGGAUGUUGACUUACACCUGAAACAAACAAAAAACAACUAGACCCAAGAUCCAGGCAGUUUCUCUGUUUUCUUGUUUAUCUUCGUUUCCCGAUCAUAUAAAGGUGGUUUCCAGCAUAGUGAGCUCACAUUCUCUGGGGUUAUUUCUGGAAGGCGAAGGGGUCAGGUGUGAAAAGGGUGUAGCAAGAAUGCCAAACCCUGAGGAAAGCUGCUGGCCUUUAGGCAGGAUUUAACUGGAGGAGGGGGACUUGCCGAGCAUGACCACGAGGUGGCGCUCACCCCCUCACGCCCCGUGGGAAACAUCACCUGGGAUGAGAACAGCAAGGCCCUCAGGUUCCCAGUACUUCCAAACCAGGACCCAGGAAAGCUGGCUGACUGAUUCGUACAGGAGCUGGGUUUAUAAAAGAGUAACAACAAAAUGGCAGCAAGGAAAUGCAGAGGAAACUUUCACAAAUUUUUCAAUCCGCCCUCCUCCUCACCUACCAACUCCCCCACUCCCCUCCCCAUAAAGCGGUAAGACACCUAACACCUGUUUCCUUCCACCUGGGAACCAGCCCAGUCAUUU